AUGGAGCCAAAAAAAGAUAUUCAUACUGCCUUUCUUAAAUAUAUAAAAGAAUAUCAAGAUAUUAAUGGUACUCAUGUCCAUGUUUAUGAAAGGCCGCCUUCUGCCAUUGAGUUUCUAAGAUCAUCCGUUCAUCCAAAUAGACCUGCCAUUAUAAAAGGUGCAAUUGAUCAUUGGCCUGCACGUACAAAAUGGACUAAUGAAUAUUUAAGAUCAAAAAUGGGAGAAACAAUAGUAACUGUUGCAGUUACUCCUAAUGGAUAUGCUGAUGCAGUAACAUAUGACCCUAUUACCGAUAAAGACUAUUUUGCUAUGCCUUAUGAGGAUCAUAUGACCUUCAAUUCAUUUUUAGAUAUAAUGGAAGGCAAAGUAACAUCAGACAAUGCUAAUUAUAUUUCUUUACAAAAUGGAAGUUUACCCAUCGAAUAUAGUGCUAUAGAAAAGGAUGUGGAUCCUGAUAUUACCUGGUGUAGUGAAGCAUUAGGUAAAAAACCAGAUGCUGUCAAUUUUUGGUUUGGAGAUGAAAAGAGUUCAACUUCUUUACAUAAGGAUCCUUAUGAAAAUUGUUAUGCUGUUAUUCGUGGACAAAAGACCUUUAUAUUAUAUCCUCCUACUGAGUAUUAUUGUAUGCAUGAAUCACUUUAUCAGAAUGCUAUUUAUGAACUUAAUCCAACUACUAACAAGCUAGAAUUGAAACCAUUAGCAGAAUCUGAAACUACGCCCUGGAUUCCUGUUAAUCCUCUUUAUCCUGAUUUUAUUAAAUAUCCUCGUUUUGCGUAUGCAUGUCCUAUUACUGUAACAUUAAAUGAAGGUGACAUGCUUUAUUUACCCGCCUUAUGGUUUCAUCAAGUUUUACAAAAGGGAGAUGAAGCCUUUAUAGAAGAUUGA